AUGCGCUCUUCGCUUGACUUAGCAGAGACGUCUGCCAAACUUGGACGAGACGUCGAAGAUCUCACGCAGGCUCUCGAGCUCAACAACCCUCCCAAAGGGCAUGUGGGCGAGCUUUCCGCGCAGGUGGCGGAGUACCGCAGUGCCGUUGAAAAGCUCUUUCCAGGGUCAAGUCUGGAAGACCUCAGACAUAUGCCUCGUGAACAAUUACUGAGUCUAUUUCAACCUACACUCAACGAACCCAAUGAAGACACGAUAGCAGAAGAGCCCAAUGUUAACAUCUCCGAUGAUGUUAACGCCCUCUCGCUGGAUUCUCAAACGCCCAAAUCAUACCUAGGCAUAUCAUCAGUUCACGCAAUUUUCAAGUUGAUCUUCAUCCUGUGUCCUCAAAGUGCUAUCCGGCAGCCUCCACUUCGAAGGAAUAGCGCAGGCCAGAAACCCACAGCCCCGUCAUUGAUUACCAGCGGUAUAUCAUAUCAACCCUCAGCAUCAAUAUCACGCCAAUCGCCGCCAAUCUGGUCGCCAUCGGCUGUCAAAGAAAGCGCAGACAGUUUGACGCCCGAGAUCGAUUGUAUUGAUGGCUAUUUUACUUACUUCCAUCCUCUGGUCCUUCUGGUUGACGAGGCUGGGUUCAGGCACACAUAUAAUUCCGGUGGACGAAAGGACAGCCAAUGGCUCGCUUUGUUAAGCAUCGUCUGCGCCCUCGGUAGCAUCGCCGCGACAAGUAAUCAGGACAAGUCUCAUUCUGUAUACUAUGCACGAUGCAAGUAUCACCUUGGAUUGGACGCCCUUGGUUCCCCACACUUGGAGACGGUACAAACUCUGGGUUUGAUGGGGGGACUCUACUUGCCCUAUAUAAGUCAACCCAAUCUGGCCUACCCACUGAUGGGAGCCGCUCAACGGUUGGCUUUGGCACAGGGGUUGCAUGAAGACAGAACUCUCUGUCGGGAGGGGACAUUUGAUCCCAUUGAUUUCCAGCAAGUGCGACGGCGAGUCUGGUGGUCGCUAUUCUGCAUGGAUACUUGGGCAUGCGGCCCCCUCGAUCGACCAGGUAUCAGUCGUUUCGGGCCUACGCACAUAACCGUUAAUUUGGUAUCCCGUGGAGAUGAGAGCCACAUGGCCGAUUUCCUCCCUCUUCUAGAGAAUGUUCGCUUUUGUCGGAUUGCUACACAGAUCCAAGAGGCGAUCGCCGAGAGCUCGGUUAUUCCAUACGCCGAACGCAAAAGGCUCGAUCAGGAGCUCCAGGAAUGGUUCGACAACCUACCUCCACUGUUGAAAGAUUAUCAACCCUGCUCUGAAUCCCUCAUCGUUACCCGCAGCGUAAUGCGGUGGCGUUUCCUCAAUCAACGUCUUCUGCUGCAUCGUCCUAGUCUACUAGACUAUGCCAUCCGCCGUAUUCCCUCUGCUGCCCUCCAAGAGGAGGAGCGCGCCUCGAUCGAAAAGUGCCGUUUGCUUGCACAAUUGACCAUCGAAGAAAUUGUUGCCACACUGGUGAUCAAUCAAGUUACGGGAUGGAAUGGAGUAUGGUUACUGUUUCAGGCCGUAUGCAUUCCACUCUUGGGCUGCUUCCUCACCGAUUCUACAACGAAAGAUCCGAGAGCUUCGUUAGAAUGCUGUCACCGACAAGUUAAUCUUGCGAUUGAUUUCCUCACACAUAUGCAAGCAUGGAGUCCAGCAGCAACUCGUACCCUACACGUUGUUUCUCGAAUUCUUGCUGCAAGCAAGCAAGGGCUCACAACGCAGGAUGUUGAGAGGUUAAAUGCUGGUACCACCGAUGAUUCUACAAUCGAGCCUUUUGACCACUUGACGCUGCUUCCGGAGUUCCAGAGCAAUAACAGCUCGUCACGAGUUCCGACACUGCCUCUCCAUACACCUGGUGGCCACCUUGACGCACAUAUACACUUUUCAUUGCCAGGCGACGUCGAACUGAGCAACCCUCCAUUUCCCGAUCUACUAGCUGAUAACAAUUUGGACGAGUCCAUGUUCCAGACUUUCUGGGAUUAUUUACACACAGCCGACGAUCAUAUAAUGCAUGAUUUGCCUUUCUCGGAAUAUGAAGUUGCCAGAUUGGUUGACCUGAGUGACGGCGAUUUAGACGCGAUUUGCAAUCAGAUCGGGACUGAUGACGCUUUGACUGAGUGGAACAACGCCGACUUUGAAAUCCUUUGGGACGCUUUGGAAACUGGCGACGCCAACUUGGACAACGCGGCAUGA